GGGACGGAAGGAGCGACUCGUCUUCAUGUUUUCGGCUGGCCGACCGUAUCCGUACGGAAAUGGCUCUUUCUCUUUCUUUCUUUCUUGCAUGCGUCCAUCUUACGAUCCAUCCACGCCAGAUAAGGCCAAAUGAUUUAAUUUGGAUCAUCGCCUCACCCUGAAGCGUCUCUAAAUAUCUCUUUCCGGCGUGGUGUUCUUGAAUGGAAUCUCACCCGUCUCGGUUUCGUCUGGCUGGAAUGGAACCCCACCAGAGCCUGCCAGGUACCCAACGCGCGAACCGACAGGCGGCGAAUCGCGUUUUCUGGCCGAGCGAGAGAAGCACACAGCAGCCGGAGUCUCGGACUCCACUCCCUGCAAAGAGACCCCUGCCAGCUCGUGUCGCAUCCAGACACUCUCAUCCGGUUCUGCCCAGGACAGAACAAUGGUCUUUUAUUUCUUUUCAUCUCCUGUUUCUGCGAUUCUGGAAUUCUGACAUCAACAACCUUGCUCGAAUCUCGGAGCAAUGGUGGCAGUGUCGUCUGCGCCGUGAAAAUUGGUGUCAAAGAGAGAAACGGACCGCCCCCUCCCCCCUCACUCGCCCCUUUCCAAAUGGAUCAUCUCUACGGCCCGCAGGGAGUGCUGCACGGAACAGGAGAUCCUACAAACAAGGCAGGCACCCACAGCACCCAACAACAAGCGAAGCACGACUGCAGCGUUCCCGCAACGCUCUCCUCCGGCGCGUGCUGCAUCAGUUCAGCAGUCGCUGCCCGAAAGAAGCUGAGUGGCCGGGGUAUGAACUGGCCUCAAUCACCCACGAAACGCAGCAUUCUCCCGUCUCAAAUUUCGGGUCAUCGCCUAACUCGCAGUUAUUGAGAACAAGUUGCCACUGGACUCCGAAGGGAGCUUCAACGGUAGCUCACUCACGGGUGGCCGUUUUAAUAAGCAAUCAAUGCCUUGAUCUAACCCUGGGGUGUGCCCCAUGGGGGAAGUGCGCCAAGAUUCGGCCACCCUUGCGAUCGAUGCCCUUCCAGGGAUGUCUGCCGGCCGACGGUUUUGACGAACAACGGUGAAAAUGGUGAAGUUAUAGUGGAACAAGGUUCCCAGCAAGUACGCGUUUGUCACACAAGGAGCUUUGAAGGACAAGCGGCCACACCUGAGGAGGUAUGGCGGAGGCGCGACGACCGGACAGACCUCGGACGGCGUCAUCAUUUUCCUCAGCCACGCAUGUUGGUCGGCAAGGUGAGAUCGACCCUCGUGUCCUUGAACAACGCAGCCUCCGUUUGAGGAUGGGAUAUAUCUCCCGGCUUCAAGCACCUGCGUUCUCUGGGUAAAUCAGCGAGCUGCGCCAUCCGUCCAGCACCCAACCUCCCAAAAACUUAAAAUCUCACCAGAGCAGUUAGCGGUCUCGGCGUUACAUACGUCAACAGCUCUCAAGGUG